UUUGCCCUACUCAUCAAUUCCAUUACACAUCCACAGCCCCCGCCGCCGCCUCCGCACCGGUUCUUCCAAUAUCUCCUUUUUCAUUCUCCAAUUCUUUCCUUUCUUCCUCUCCAUUUCUUCCCUUUUCUUUCUUCUUCUUCACCCGGCGGUCUAUGGUUCGGAGUAAAGAUAAACCGAAACCGAACCGUGGAAAAACCGAUUUAGUUUUCGGUUCGAUGAAACCGGAACCGCCGGUUCGAAACCGAUUCGAGCAAUAUAAACUCUUUUCCCGCUCUUGAUUCAGAGCUCCCUCCUCCCAAACAAUCGCCGCCGCCGCCGCCGAUCUCAACAACAAUGGCCGACACACCAAGAAGGAAGAAAUCGAAGCCGUCGCCUAAUGGAACUCCCUUACCGAUUUCUUCCCCAGAAGACCACACGAUUGUGCCCCAGACCCCACAAAUCGGCGGCACCGUCCGCAGAUCCCUCCGCCUCGCAACGGCCACACCUAAACCACAUAAAGGGCGAAAAUCCCCAUCUUCGACAUUCAAAUCUCGGACAAACUGCAGGAAGCAGUCACUCCCUAUAACCCCCGUAUCCCCACAGCCGACCGAGUCGAGAAGGAAGUUAAUAUUUAAGGAGAAACAGGCGGCAAGUGCAGCGAAAAGGGUAUUUAAGAGUAGAACAAAGAAGAAGGUCUAUUACAAAAAAGUGGUGUUCGACGGCGUACAGUUUUCGGCGGGAGAUGAUGUUUACUUGAAGAGGAGGGACGACGCUACCUCUGACGAUGAGGAUCCGAUGGAGGAGGAAUGCCGUUUGUGCUUCAAGCCCGCUGCUGGGAAGCGGAUUAUGAUUGAAUGCGAUGACUGUUUGAACGGAUUUCAUUUGAAUUGUUUGAAGCCGCCAUUGAAGGAGGUUCCCGAAGGGGAUUGGAUUUGUAGUUAUUGCGAAGGAAGAAAAUCAGGCAACAUUGUUGAAUUUCCAGAACCUCCCAAGGGGAAAAAGAGGGCUCGGACUGCUAGGGAGAGGUUGCUUUCCAGUGAUUUAUGGGCUGCUCGUAUUGAGAGUUUGUGGAAAGAAGUGGAUGGCACUUAUUGGUUCAGAGCUCGGUGGUACAUUAUUCCGGAGGAGACUGCUGCGGGGCGACAGCCUCAUAAUUUGAGGAGGGAGCUCUAUCGGACUAACGAUUUUGCCGAUGUUCAGAUGGAAACAAUCAUUAGGCAUUGCUAUGUGAUGAGCCCAAAAGAAUACUCGAAUGCUAGCAAUGAAGGAGAUGAUGUGUUUCUUUGUGAAUAUGAGUAUGACGUAAAAUGGCACAAUUUUAAGCGCAUCGCUGAGAUAGACAAUGAAGAUGAUGCUGAGGAAGCUAAUAAUUGUAAUAAUGGUGAUGAAGAUUGGAGUUCUGGUGAAAUGUCUGAGGAUUCUGAAGAAGAAGAAGUGGACUUCGAGGAUGAAGAAAUGUGCAUCUCAGCAUCUUCUGCUCGCCCUCUAGCUGCGAACUCGAGAAAGGGAAGAAUAUUUGGGCUGCAAAAGAUUGGUGCGAAAAAAGUACCCGAGCAUGUCCGAUGCCACAAGCAGACUGAUCUUGAAAAGGCAAAAGCAACAUUACUGCUUGCAACAUUGCCCAAGUCUCUUCCUUGCAGGGACAAGGAGAUGCACGAGAUAACCUCAUUUAUCAAAGGUGCCAUAUGUGACGAGCAAUGUCUCGGAAGAUGCCUCUAUGUUCACGGUGUUCCCGGAACUGGAAAGACAAUGAGUGUGCUUGCUGUGAUGAGGAGUGUAAAGUCGGAGGUUGAUGCCGGAAGCAUAAAGCCUUAUUGUUUCGUAGAAAUUAAUGGCCUCAAACUCGCUUCACCAGAAAAUAUAUACAGUGUGAUAUACGAGGGAUUAAGUGGACACAGAGUUGGGUGGAAAAAGGCGCUUCAUCUUUUGAAUGAGCGGUUUUCAGACGAAAAUAAACGCAGCAAUGAUGCAAGGCCUUGCAUUCUUCUAAUAGACGAACUUGAUCUUCUUGUGACGAGAAAUCAAUCAGUUUUGUACAAUAUUCUGGACUGGCCUAACAAGCCAAAUUCGAGACUAGUUGUGAUAGGGAUUGCAAACACUAUGGAUCUUCCUGAGAAGUUGCUGCCGCGAAUUUCUAGUCGAAUGGGCAUACAGAGGCUUUGUUUUGGCCCAUACAACUAUCAGCAGCUUCAAGAAAUAAUCUCCAGCCGCCUGAAAGGAGUCGAUGUUUUUGAAAAACUUGCAAUUGAGUUUGCAUCGAGGAAGGUAGCAGCUGUCUCUGGAGAUGCUCGUCGUGCUUUGGAAAUCUGUAGACGAGCUGCAGAGCUUGCAGAUUAUCGCGAUAAAGCUUUGUCGCAAUCUGGCUCUGGUGCAUCAGGGAAAGUUGUUGGCGUGGGAGAUGUCGAGGCUGCUAUAAAAGAGAUGUUCCAAGCUCCUCAUAUCCAAGUGAUUAGGAGCUCUUCUAAACUGAGCAAGAUCUUCCUAGCUGCUAUGGUGCACGAACUUUAUAAAACCGGAAUGGGCGAAACGAAUUUUGAAAAGGUGGCAACCACAGUCUCAUCCUUUUGCUCCAGCAAUGGAGAAGUGUUUCCAGGUUAUGAUGCACUGCUGAAAGUAGGGUGCAAACUUGGGGAAUGCAGAAUAUUACUGUGUGAGGAUGGAUCAAGGCACAAAUUGCAGAAAUUGCAGCUCAACUAUCCCAGUGAUGAUGUCAGUUUUGCUCUCAAGGAAAGCAGCAGCAGCAGCAAUGACGUGCCUUGGCUCACCAAGUAUUUAUAAGUAAAUACUCCUAAAUUUGAAUGAAUGAUUCUUCAACUGAAGUGGAUAUUGUGGCCAAGAAAUUGAUGACAUGCAUGAUUGAUGAGAUAUAUAUAUAUAUAUAUAUAUUUAUAUACAGACUUUUUUUUGCCUUGUUGUUGUUGUUGUUUAAGAACGAAUGUUGGUUCAUUUGAAAGAUACAUCACUUGUAAUGUUGUUUUAUACCACAGACAGACAGACACACUGUAUUUCUGUUUUGUUGGCUAAAAGGGCAUAUUCAUU